UAGUGCUUCGCGCGUGACAGGCUGGCUACAGCUCAGACUGCAGGAGUAGGAAAAUGUUUGAUUCUGCCUGUGCAGUUUUCCUGUGCCAAACGAUCAUAGUCUUGAGCUGGUAUUGAGGCCGAGUCACUGGAAGGAGAAGGAGAUUUGGAGACCCGCUUCAAGGGGCCCAUCUCUACUUGUGAGCUAGCCCUUACCAGUUGGAAGCUGUCCUAGGCGAUAGGCGCUGGAAAGUAGCUGGACGAUCAGCUGCAUCACAAAUUGGUUGCGGUGUGCAGAUCGAGGGCUCAACACUUUGCAAUUUGACUUACGGUUGGCUCCUUUUCGGUGAGCAGCGAUUGGCAGGAGAACACAUUGGACUUCGUUGUGCGCGUCACCUUGCGCUGUGCUCACUCGUCCGUUGAUAGCGCUAGCAGCGUUUGCACCCUGUGGACCUACGCUGGUUAGCUUCAACUAGUAGAUCUACUGGCACGAGCACACGCAGCGCAAUAGGUGCCAAAGUAGUGUUGAAAAUUGUUCCUCUGGGCAGCAGAAGCAAUCGCUAAUUGCAUAUAUCCAGAUCGAACAUCAUCGAGGAGCGAAGAUGUCCUACAAUUUCGUCGAUCACUUCUGGGAACUGGACUUCACAGGUGUGACUGGAUAUGAUGUCCUGGUCAAGCGGCUCAAGGAUGGCAAGAAGAUGACGCAGGACUUCGAGGACUUUAUACGUGCUCGGGCAAAGCUGGAGGAAACUUACUCCAAGGAGUUAAUGAAGCUGGUGAAGAACUCGCACGGGGAAACAGAGAUUGGAUCUCUUAGAGCAUCAUGGGACUGUCUAAAGUCUGAAACGGAAGCAUGCAGUCGUGAGCACUUGUCAGUGUCGCAACGGCUGAACAAUGAACUGGAGAAGAGCACCAAAGAGUUUCGGGAGAAGCAGCGCGACACCAGGAAGAAGGCUGAAGAAACGGUCAAGAGAGCCCAGGGUUUCAAGAAGAGCUCGUAUCAAUCGGAGACCAAGGCUAAGCAAGAGUAUCAUUCCAAGUGCCGUGCUGCGGACAAGGCCGAGGAAGUCGCCAGCAAGUCCGGCCAUUUGCAGCCGAAAAAAAUUGAAGAGCUGAAAAUGAAGGCGAAGAAAGCGAGGCAAGCAUCUGAACUAGCUGAUCAGAGCUACCAGGAAGCCGUCAAGAAUCUCGACGAGGCCAGGUUACUGUGGGAGCGAGAAAUGGAGGUGGCGUGCAAGGUAUUUCAAGACUUGGAGGAGGAGCGAGUGUUGUUCCUGCGGCAAAUGAUGUGGAAACACUGCAAUGUCUAUUCAUCUUUAGCGGUCCGAGAUGACGAGGUACACGAGGCUGUGCGGUGCUCCCUAGAACAGUGUGAUGCCGACAGCGACUUAACGCUAUUUGUCCAGCAGAAAAGAACCGGAUCGGACAGACCAGUCCCUAUUGAGUAUGAAAACUUCUACGGCAACAACCCACCUCAGUCUAUUCGUCCAAGCGCUGCUCGCGUGAACCAAGCGAAUUCUCAUCAGGCCCAAGGUGCGGCUGCUGGUGCACCUAUGCAAGCGCGUACUCUACCACGUGUGCCCGGUCAGUCGGACGCAUCGGUCAACCCGCACAUGAUGCGACCACCCGCUGACAUACCGCAGCCGACGCUGAUUGCUAUCGAUGACGGAGCCUACUCCUCAGUGCCGCAGGGAAUGCAACAGCAACAUCACAUGCAGGCGGCGAUGCAGCCCCAGCCCCAGCUCCAGGUCCAGCCCCAGCCCCAGCACCACCCGGGGCAUCACAACGGUGGCAUGCCGCCCGGUGCUCGUGCUGGUAUGGGCCAGUGCCGGGCAAACUUCCCGUAUGAAGCCCAGGGUCCGGAGGAGCUGACGUUUAUGGAAGGGGAAAUCAUCACGAUCGUUAUGAAAGAGGACGGGAAUUGGUGGAGAGGCGACGUCCGCGGGCGUCAGGGAAUGUUCCCUUGCAACUAUGUCACUGAAUUCUAACUAGCGCAGUCAGGUUGUUUGACUAGCUCUGAAGUGCGUGUUUGGUUGAAGUAGAAGACAUUGUUCUAUGCUGGCUGCGUGCUGAUCAUAGCUCCGGUGAGCAGUCUCUGGUAUUCAGCAGCCGGUGCCAGCGCCAUUGCAAAUGCAUGUAACGGACUGUACAAACCAUUGCCUGAAUUCUGAAUCCUACAAACGUGUCAGUGCCUAUGUCCUUCCCCAGCCGUCCUCACUGUAUAGGUUUAGGUGACAGCUCAAAUUACCAAAAAGCAUUAUUGGAUCCAAACACUAUCCUAAUUGCAGAAUUUCUUAUCAAUUUUACAGUAUUUAUCUUGAUUAAACCAAUGCUGCUUGCGACCCCAUAUACGCAUGUUGUUCGAUUUGCUACUAUGCAUCAUUAUUUUUUUGAUAACGGACUGAAUGAUUCGAAUUUUGCUGGUGAAAAUUCUUCAAGGAAUCGUCCACUACAGUCUAUUAAAAAUUAAAUCUUGACUUUUAUAACAGGAAUUAGCUCCCAAGCCUGAUUAUAAUUCAACCGUAUAAUUAUGGGUUUUGGAACGACAAAUCAAGCAUUGUGUGAUGCG